CAGCGCUCAGCUGUCCCUGCUUGGCUGGGAAGGGAGCUGCACAAUCGACACUAGGGACCAGCUCCUGCCACUGCUUCUGAGUUCAACGGGAUCCCAGGCAGGCGCCCGACAUGGGCACCCCCCAGAGGAGCCCCCUGCAGUGCAGGCUGUCUGUGCCCUUCCGGUGGCCCUGAGUGUUCAGCCCCCCGAGUUGCCUGGGUCCGGAGGGGACCGUGCUGUGUGACGCUGCUGGACCACACUGGGCAAGCAUGGCGCUGCUCAAAGUUAAGUUUGACCAGAAGAAGCGGGUCAAGUUGGCACAGGGGCUCUGGCUCAUGAACUGGCUCUCUGUGUUGGCCGGCAUCGUCAUCUUCAGCAUGGGGCUCUUCCUGAAGAUCGAGCUCCGGAAGAGGAGCGAGGUGAUGAACAACGCCGAGAGCCACUUUGUGCCCAACUCCCUGAUCGGGGUGGGACUGCUGUCCUGCGUCUUCAACUCCCUGGCUGGCAAGAUCUGCUACGACUCCCUGGACCCCGCCAAGUUCGCCAAGUGGAAGCCCUGGCUGAAGCCCUACCUGGCCGUCUGUGUCCUCUUCAAUGUCGUCCUCUUCCUGGUGGCCCUCUGCUGCUUCCUGCCGUGGGGCUCGCUGGAGAGCACGCUGGCCCACGGGCUCAGGAGGGGCAUGAAAUACUACCGGGACACGGACACGCCAGGCCGCUGCUUCAUGAAGAAGACCAUCGACAUGCUGCAGAUCGAGUUUCAGUGCUGCGGGGACAGCGGCUUCCGGGACUGGUUCGAGAUUCAGUGGAUCAGCAACCGCUACCUGGACUUCUCCUCCAAAGAAGUCAAAGACCGCAUCAAGAGCAACGUGGACGGGCGGUACCUGGUGGACGGGGUGCCCUUCAGCUGCUGCAACCCCAGCUCGCCGCGGCCCUGCAUCCAGUACCAGCUCACCAACAACUCCGCACACUACAGCUACGACCACCAGACCGAGGAGCUCAACCUCUGGCUGCGGGGCUGCAGGGACGCCCUGCUGGGCUACUACAGGAGCCUCAUGAACUCCAUGGGCAUCGCCACGCUGCUCGUGUGGCUCCUGGAGGUGGCCAUCACCGUCGGGCUGCGCUACGUGCACACGGCGCUGGAGGGCGUAUCCAACCCCGAGGACCCGGAGUGUGAGAGCGAGGGCUGGCUGCUGGAGCAGAGCGUGCCCGAGACCUGGAAGGCUUUCCUGGAGAGCCUGAAAAAGCUGGGCAAGGGCAACCAGGUGGAAGCGGAGGGCGCGGACGCGGGCCAGGCCGCCGAGGCCGGCUGAUGGGACCUGUCCCCUCCCAAACACUGAGUAGUGGACUCCAGGCAAUGCGGCCCCUCCUCGCCCAACUGCACGUCUGACUCCCUAAGGCUGCAGCUGGAAACAGCCCCUCACGACCUCCUCUCGGAGGUGCGAUAUAAAGUGUAGGGUCCCUCGAAGCAUGUGGCACACGUAGGGUGGGUUGACCGACUCCCGAUGCGAUUGAAUGAGACCUGGCUUGCUCAGGACGCACCUUCCUCUUGGGGCCGCACCUGGUCCCACCCUCAUGCUGGCCUGGAACUUGUGAUCCUUCUGCCUCAGCCUCCCGAGUAGCUGGGAUCACAGACAUAGGCCACCACGCCUGGCCUCAAAGGGGAUUCAUUGAGAUGACGACCUCUUUCUUUCUGAAGCAGGGUUCAGGUAAAGGAGCACCAUUUCACCAGGGGGAGCAGGACGGGCCUGCACCAUGAGUUAAUUAGAGGAACAUUCAAGGCAGCCCGCCCUGCCUGGCUGGAGACAGAAGCUGGGAGGCAGAAGACAGAAGUCUGUGCUCCUGUAAACACGUGCUGGGAUCAGGUUACUAUGGGCUGGGCGGUGGGCGGGGCUCCCUGCUGACUUAAAAGCUUCCCGGCAGGGACAGUGAGACUGAGAUGUGGUACUGCCCAGGGCACCUUCUUGCCUCUGAUUUUCCCACACUGACAACCAGACAAAGAGGAAUGAGAGCCUGCCAGGCUCUGGUCCCAGUGCAGUUUAGGCCUGAUGCCCCUGAGACCCAGGAACCGUUCACGCGCUGGCCAUCUACAGUGAGGGCCCCAGAGACCCCGCUGUCUCCGGAGGGCUGAAAACCCACAGAGGUGCUGUUCUAGGCCACAUGCGAGACUGUGCUGUCACAACAGCUGUGUAAGAUAUUAAAAAUGAUAUUGCACGAA